AAUAAUUCGUCGUUGAUAUAUUAUUAGAUAUAUAGUUAAGGAUUUUAUAAUUAUCAGUAUUAUUUGAAUUAACUAAGACUAAAUAAUUUUUAACAGUAUCAUAUUGAAGUUUUAUUUCCUUUUCUUCAAUGUCAAUAAUUAUAUCUCGACAGAAAAAUUUCUAUAACUUUAUAACAAGAUAUAUUUUUAUAUUAAUGUAACCAUGUUAAAAUCCUGAGUACUUUGCAAUGCAUGCCGUAAAUUUGAGCGGGGUAAGAAAAUUAUGAUGUUUAGUUUUCACAAACCAAAAGUUUACCGUUCAUCCACGGGAUGUUGCAUUUGCAAAGCCAAAUCCAGCAGCUCCCGUUUUACUGACAGUAAAAAGUACGAAGAUGAUUUUAUAAAAUGUUUUUUACUAGAAGAACAACGUACUGGUGAGAUUUGUAAUGCGUGUGUUCUUUUGGUUAAGCGGUUUAAAAAACUACCUCCUGGUUCAACUCGCAAUUGGGCAUAUAUUGUAGAUGGACGUGCAGGCCCUGGUGUCAAAUCAUUGACGAAGUAUAAGUCGAAGAAUAAAAAAAAACUUAAAGAUAAUCCUGAAAAAAUAGUAAAGAAGAAACAUGUUUAUGUUAAAUCUGAUGAUCGUGAGCGCAGUCCUGUAAUAAGUGAUGAUUUACAUUUAAAUGAAGACUACUUAAAUGGUACUGAAAGCAAAGGAUCCAGUAGAUCUGAGACUCCAGAGGACUGUGAUGAUAUUGAAAUGACUGAAAGCACAACUGAGAGAGUUUGUACUGACAAUAAUGAUGAUCUUGCUGCUUAUAGUUUUAUUGACAUGGAUUAUUUUAAAAGAACUACAAUUUGUUGCGGCGUAAUAUUCAGAGGCCUAUGUAAUGAAGUUAUCGUAGUUCCAGAACUAAUAAAACGUUGUUCAAGUUGCAUUCUGCGACAGCGACAACGACAACUUGCACAAACAGGAGUAAAUACUGCAAGUAAUAGUCCAUUCCAUAGUUCGGCAUUGGCGAGUCCUGCAUAUCGUGCAUCAUCCUCGAGUCCUGCCCACAGUGUUGACUCUACAGAUGCUUCAGCAAACAAAUCUACAGGUAAAGUGUUCAGUGAUAAUUCAUCAGACUCUGGAUACGACGAGUCUUCCAAUCAAGGAGUUGGUGAGAGUAAAAUUGCCCAAAACAAUAUAAAUAAUAGCACAAACAUGAUUGAUUCGGGAAAAAUAAAUUCAAUAAAAAUAAAACCAACACCGACAACAGAAACUGUCAGAUUAGUUAAAGUACCAAUUAAAAUUAUAAAAUCAGUAGAAAAAUUUACAAACGAAUCAACUUUUGUUUCAUCUAAAAGUCUGACUAGUACAAAUGGCCAUUCUCAUGUCGUUAUAAAUAAUCCUCUUGACGAUUUUGCAACUCAUGCAGUAGCAAGACAAUCUGUUAUUAAUUAAUAUCACAUUUAUCCUAGACUAAUUUUAUUUAUUUAUCUUUUUAAAAUCUAGGUAAAUAUGAAUUUUUAUAAACAAAUAACGAUAUUGCUGCAUUUAAAUUAUUGACCAAAAUAACAUUAUUUAAUAAUAAUGGUAUCGUAUCGAUAUUUAAUUGUUGUAGAAAAAAUUAUUCCUAGAAGACGAUGGGUUAUCUUACAAACAUUUUAUUUAUUUCUCGUAUUCAAAAUAAAAAAAAAAUUAGGACAAUUGUAGUUAUUAUUUAUUUAUUGAGAAA